AUGGGUACAGCAGAAGCCACAUUACGCAUGGACAGCAUGGAGGUUAAGGACGAGUGGCAGGAUGAGGACUUCCCCAGGCCACUACCAGAGGAUGGAUAUGCUGAUUCCUCAUGUGGCCUCACUGACAACAGGACCACUCUAUCUAAACUUUCCUGGCCUGCCUGCUCAGAUCCUCCCACCACUCUGAAUGUGGGCGAGUCCAUGGCCCAGCGUAAGCGUCGUACUUUGGUUGCACCCGACAUGAACCUCUCCCUGGAUCAGAGCGAGGGAUCGGUGCUCUCUGAUGACUUCCUGGAAACGCCUGAUGACCUGGACAUCAACGUAGAUGACAUCGAGACUCCUGAUGAGACUGACUCACUGGAGUUCAUCAACAAUGGCAACGAGCUGGAGUGGGAAGAUGACACUCCCGUGGCCACCGCCAAGCGCAUUCCAGGUGAAAGUGAGGAGGAGAGAGACUCAUCUGGGCGUCUGUGGCGAACAGUGAUCAUCGGUGACCAGGAGCAGCGGAUUGACAUGCAGGUCAUCAGACCGUACCUGAGGGUCGUCACACACGGAGGUUAUUAUGGUGAGGGUCUGAAUGCUAUCAUCGUGUUUGCAGCCUGCUACCUCCCUGACAGCGGCUGUGAGGACUACACAUACAUCAUGGAGAAUCUCUUCCUAUACGUUGUGAGCAGCCUGGAGCUUCUGGUUGCAGAAGAUUACAUGAUUGUUUACAUGAAUGGAGCAACUCCUCGCAGGAAGAUGCCCGGCAUCAGCUGGCUGAAGAGAUGCUACCAGAUGAUUGACAGGAAAUUGAGGAAGAAUCUAAAGUGUCUCAUCAUUGCUCACCCAACGUGGUUCAUCCGGACCGUCCUGGCGAUCUCAAGACCUUUCAUUAGUGUGAAGUUUAUGGAUAAGAUCCGGUACGUUCACACCCUGGAGGAGCUCAGCCAGAUCAUCCCAAUGGAGCAUGUGCAGAUCCCUGAGUGUGUGUUGCAGUAUGAUGAUGAGAAGAUAAGAGCACAAAGGGAAAGACUUGAGCAAGAGCAGCAGCAGACCAACUCAACACUGCCUAAAGAAAGGCCAAAGUCAAUGAUAGCAGAAGUUGGUCAUGACAUCUGACAUUAAGAGCUUUAAAUUGAAGAACCAAUGGGGGACAUUCAUUCAUGAAAACUGGAGCCAGCGUAAACCACCAGCAUGGGCAUGUUGCGCAGGAUUAAAUCUCCUGACUGGAUCCAUUAGCUGCAAGACAAUCAUUUCUCAAAAAACAUUAUCUUCAGUGACAUGCUUGCUUCUACUAAAAGUUAAUUUACACCACAGCAUUACAGAUAUAGUACAAAAUAUAGCUAAAUCAAAAAGUAUCUGCUCCCUGCAUGCCCAGUUGAGCUUUAUCUACAGCAUGACUUCAACUAUUUAAAUUAAAAUUUAAGGACUUGGAUGAACACUCAAGCAUCCUCUGAGAGCCGGGAAUAGUGCACAUUACUAGUGCAAAGUGUACAUACUUGUGUAUAUAUAUUUUUGAGACAGGUGUAUGCACAGAUAUUUGGGUUUUGAUAUGAAUGGCAUGGGUAUUGUUUAGUUUCAACUUUCAUGGCUGUUUACGGAAAAAUGAUGUGCAAUGAUUUUGUUCUUCUUAGACCUACAGUUGAUGUUACUGAUGCAAACGUGUGUUACAGUUUUCCAGAGUUUGAUAUGCAGGUGGCAUGCUUGUUUAUAUCCUUCUGUCUGGGUUACAGUUGUUUUUGUCAGUUUUUAAGUCAUUUGCCAUCUUGUUUCCAAAGGUACUUUUACAAGAUGGAAAGCAAAUUAAAUAUAUUUAAAAAUAGAGUCAAACUGAUUGCUAUAAAUGUUAUUUAUGAAAAUGUGCCAUUU